AUGCUUUUGCUUUCGGGCAACGCCAUAGCAUAUCUGCCUAGAGAAUACCCUGGCACUCCGAUAGGAACCACGCUCGAUCCGAAAUCCGUGCGGGAUUUCAAAGGUUUGACUCUCAAAGCUGCCGCCAACAUGACCGAUCAACGCAUUAGGUUGGGACUCACCCCCAAGUCGGUGAGGGCCGAUUAUAAGCAGCUUGGUCGCGACGAGACUUUUUAUAUCUACGAAGUGGACGAAGAUGACGCCAAGUUCACAAAGGCGUUUAUCAAAUAUGUUGCAAAGUCUCCGUUGAAAGACUUCUAUGAGGUCGACCACAAGGCAACAGACGUGGCCAAGAAAAUCCCGAUACGUUGGAAAAGUAUCAAGAGGUGGACAAAGAUCAUCCCGGGACAGGACAUCGAUGAAGUGACCGAGAACAAUGAAUUCAAAGAGCAGCCGAGAAGAUUUGCAAGGAUUAAGGCCUGCCAAAACCCGAAAACAGAUUUAGCCCAGCCCGGCCCGCCAACCCAUGGGCUCUUGGCGGGGGCCCGUAGUGGCCUACGGGUUUUCUUGGCGGGUAAAUGGGGGCCCGCGGGCUGGCGGGCUCAACCCGAAUUGGGUAGCCCGCCGGUUUUCGUAGUCCCAGGGCUUAUCCCUGAAGCCCAGAGCUCCACAAUUGAUCCACUUCGCUCCACUUCGUAG